UCUAACGUGUGCUUUUUCAGAUAAAAUGAUAAUAGCGCGAUUACAUAAUGUUGCAGUACGCAAGAAUUGUUUACAAACAUUGAAUACGUACACUAGAGUUUCCUUAAAGAGCGCAAAGCACUUGUUUUCAGGUGUAGGGUUUGAGACAAUGUUUAUUUACAGAUUAUCCUCCAAUAUGAGACCGAGCUCAGGGCAUAAUCUAGCCACUCUGCGUAAACUUAUGAAGGACCGGAAGUAUGUACAAGAACCCCUGGCAGCGUACAUUGUUCCAUCCUGUGAUGCACACCAUUCAGAAUACCUCGCAGAUGUUGAUGAAAGAAGACGUUAUUUGAGCGGAUUUACGGGUUCCGCCGGCACUGCAGUGGUUACACAGAAUCAGGCUUUUCUUUGGACAGACGGUCGUUACUAUCUCCAGGCGCAGCAGGAGAUGGAUAUCAUUAAAAACCUGGAACCCGGCAGCCAUGUUGGUACUGAUCGACUUCUUGUUUCAAGUACGGACUGGAAAAGUAUGGCGGGAAAACUUGAUUUGGCUGGAUCUCAGCUGAUAUCUGUUGAAACUAAUCUCGUGGAUUUACUCUGGACAGCUGACAGGGAGACAACCAGACCAGCAAGGCCUACCAAUCCUGUCUUCCCAUUAGGACUGGAGUUCACAGGUCGAACCUGGCAAAGUAAAGUUGAAGAAGUGAGGAAAGAAAUUAAGAAAGAUCGUUGUGAUGGAAUCGUUUUGUCAGCCUUAGACGAGGUCGCCUGGGUUCUCAACCUUAGAGGCUCUGAUAUUGCGUUUAAUCCCGUGUUCUUCAGUUACUGUGUUAUUACGCUUAAGGAGGUUGUUCUUUUCCUGCAACCAAGUCAGGUGAAUCCUACUGUACAAGAUGCUCUCACAUCUGGAGAUAUGGAGGAAAAUGUUUUCAUUCAAGAUUAUUCCAAAAUAAAAGAUUAUAUAUCUGGUCUGGCAUCAUGUACUGGUAAGAUCUGGUUUUCUGAUACAUCCAGCCAUGCUCUGGUCAACCUACUACCUCCAAACAAGAUUCAUUCGAAGGUGACCCCAGUAGCCAACAUGAAAGCGAUUAAAAACCCUGUGGAACUUAAGGGAUUUGAAAAUUGUCAUAUUCGUGAUGCGGCCGCACUCUGUGAAUACUUCAGCUGGUUAGAGAAGCAUGUUAAGACUGGUCAGGUUACUGAGAUAUCUGGCGCCGAUAAGUUAGAGGGGUUCAGAAAACAGCAGGAGAACUUUGUGGGGUUAAGUUUCCCCUCUAUAAGUGGAUCUGGACCUAAUGGGGCAAUUAUACACUACCGUCCAUCUGAAGAAACUAACAGGCAGCUUAGUCUUGAUGAACUAUAUCUAAUAGACAGUGGAGCUCAAUAUAAGGAUGGAACCACUGAUGUGACCCGAACAUUGCAUUUUGGAAACCCUACAGAGUAUGAGAAAGAAUGUUUCACCAGGGUUUUAAAAGGUUCAUUUAACAUUAUUGUUCUAGGUUUAGAUUACGCGCACGGGACCGGUCACGGUGUCGGAUCAUUUUUGAACGUGCACGAGGGACCCAUGGGAAUAUCCUAUAGAUAUAAUUCUAACGAUCAAGGUUUGGAGGAAGGAAUGAUAUUAUCUAGGUUUGGAGGAAGGAAUGAUAUUAUCUUUGUAGAGAAAAAGUUCCUGACGUUUGAUCAGCUAACUCUGGUUCCUAUUCAAACCAAGCUUAUUCUUCCUGGACUCCUGACUGACCAGGAGACAGACUGGUUAAACAACUACCAUCAGACAUGCAGGGACAGGGUUGGUCCACUGCUGAAAGAAAUGGGAAAAGUAGAAGCUCUAGACUGGCUGAUCAAAGAAACUCAACCUAUUGGAUAAUUUAGUGGAUUGUUUGAUCACAAAGUAAUUCAAAAAAUUGUUUAAAUUGUAAAAAUAUUA